AUGAUGCGAACUGCUCGUUUGUCUGCCGAUGCGACGGCCUUUUUCAUGCCCACCAUCAGCUUCAUUGGUAACGGCGCUCUGUCAAUGGCGAGCUCGAAGAUCAAGUCAUUGAAUCUUAGAAACCCGUUUAUUGUGACCGAUGAGGGCAUUCUCAAAUCUGGGAUGCUCGAGCCGACGAUCAAACUUCUGAAGGCUGAGGCUGGCGCCCAGAAUGUGACAGUGUUCGACAGCGUGCAGCCGAACCCGACCGUUAAGAAUGUGAACGAUGGGCUGAAAAUGCUCAACGCGUCGAACUGUGAUUACAUCAUCAGCCUUGGCGGUGGGUCCCCGCAUGACUGUGCGAAGGGUAUCGCACUCGUGAAGAGCAACGGCGGCGAGGUCGAAGAUUUCGAAGGAUUAGACAAAGCCGCCAAGCCCCAGUUUCCCUUGGUCGCGGUUAACACCACGGCCGGCACGGCAAGUGAGCUGACUCGCUUCGCGGUGAUCACGGAUGAGAUCCGACACACCAAGAUGGUGAUCACGACCGACAUGUCGACGCCGCUCAUUGCGGUGAACGCGACGGAAUUGAUGAUGAAACAACCCAAGUCGCUCACAGCCGCCACCGGGAUGGACGCGCUCACCCACGCGGUCGAGGCCUACGUCUCCAUCGCAGCCUCACCGAUUACAGACGCCUGUGCGCUGCAGGCAGUCCGCCUUAUUAAGAGGAAUCUUGUCAUGGCAACCUUCCACGGCGACAACGUCGAGGCUCGGGAUGGCAUGUGCUACGCCGAGUACCUCGCCGGUAUGGCCUUCAACAGCGGUGGCCUCGGCUACGUGCACGCCUGUGCACACCAGAUGGGCGGCGUGUACAACCUGCCGCACGGCGUCUGCAAUGCAAUUUUGCUGCCCCACGUCGAAGAGUUCAACAAGACGGUCGUGCCGCACCGACUUAGGGAUAUUGGCGAGGCUUUGGGGGUGAGCACUGUCGGGAUGUCGGAUUUAUGUGCCGCAGAUGCCGCCUUGAGCGCGAUUCGUGAGUUGUCUCACGCGGUUGAGAUCCCGUCCGGGUUCGCGGCACUGGGCGCUGCAAAUGAGAAGGAUCUACCCAUGCUGGCAGAAGCCGCUAUGAAGGACGUGUGCGCCUGCUUCAACCCCCGAACAGCUACAAAGGAGGAUGUUAUGCAGAUAUUCCGCAAUGCUUUUUAG